AUGGCGCCGAUAGCCUCAUCUUCCCAGUCUUCCGCUACGGAGGCGCGGGGGCGAAGGUCGCGUCCCAGUGCGCCGGCGCCAGGGGGGCGGAGCCGUUUCCACAGCAACCCGCGCGCAGCCCAGGCAGCUCGGCCCGGCGGGAAGCUCGGGAGCGGCGAGCUGGCGACAGGCGGGGCUGCGAGCGGCGCGGGGCCCGGGCGGCCGGGGCCGCUGCAGGACGAGACCCUGGGCGUGGCGUCUGUGCCCUCGCAGUGGAGGGGCGCCCAGGGCAUCCGCGGGGAGACGAAAAGCUGCCAGACGGCCAGCAUCGCCACGGCCGAGGCGUCGGCCCAGACCCGGAAGCAUGCGGACGCCGAGGUGCAGACGCAGGCCCUGGCGCCGGCCGGCGUGCUGGCUGUGUCCCGGCACGAAGGCCCGCGGCUGGCAGCCUUUCUUCGCCGAGUGGAGCCCCUGGUUAUUCGAGAGCUGAACAAGAACUGGCAGAGCCACGCCUUUGACGGCUUUGAGGUGAACUGGACGGAGCAGCAGCAGACGGUGACCUGCCUGCACACCCUGGGCUACCCCCCGGCCCAGGCGCGGGGGCUGCACGUGACCAGCGUGUCCUGGAACACCACCGGCUCCGUGGUGGCCUGCGCCUACGGCCGGCUGGAUGACGGGGACUGGAGCACCCUGAAGGCCUUCGUGUGCGCCUGGAACCUGGACCGGCGCGGCCUGAACCCCCGGCAGCCCUCGGUGGUGGUGGAGGUGCCCAGCGCCGUCAUGUGCCUGGCCUUCCACCCCACACAGCCGUCCCACAUCGCAGGGGGCCUGUACAGCGGCGAGGUGCUGGUGUGGGACACCGGCCGCCCCGAGGACCCGCUGCUCUGGCGCACGGGCCUGACCGACGACACCCACACGGACCCCGUGUACCAGGUGCUGUGGCUGGCAGAGCCCCGGCACAGCCACCGUUUCCAGCUGCUGAGCGUGGCCACCGACGGCAAGGUGCUGCUCUGGCAGGGGGCCGGGGCCGGCCAGCUGCAGCUCACGGAGGGGUUCGCCCUGGUGGUGCAGCAGCUCCCGCGGAACACCAAGCUCAAGAAGCCUCACCGCGGGGAGACCCAGGUGGGCGCCACGGCAGUGGCCUUCUCCAGCUUCGACCCCAGCCUCUUUGUCGUGGGCACGGAAGGCGGCUUCCCGCUCAAGUGUUCCCUGGCAGUGGAGGAGGCCGCCCUCACCCGGAUGCCCAGCUCUGUGCCCCUGAGGGCCCCUGCGCAGUUCACCUUCUCUCCCCACGGCGGGCCCGUCUACUCUGUGAGCUGCUCCCCCUUCCACAGGAAUCUCUUCCUGAGCGCAGGCACCGACGGCCACGUCCACCUGUACUCCAUGCUGCAGGCCCAGCCCCUGACCUCCCUGCGGCUGUCCCAUAAGUACCUGUUCGCCGUGCGCUGGUCCCCGGUGCGCCCGCUGGUGUUUGCUGCCGCUUCUGGGGAAGGGGACGUGCAGCUGUUUGACCUCCAGAAAAACUCCCAGAGGCCCACGGUUUCUAUCCAGCAGACCCAGGAUGAAAGCCCGGUUUACUGUCUGGAGUUUAACAGCCAGCAGACCCAGCUCCUGGCGGCGGGCGACGCCCAGGGCGCGGUGAAGGUGUGGCAGCUGAGCUCCGAGUUCACCGAGCAGGGAGCCCGGGAGCCCGAGGACCUGGACCGGCUGGCGGCAGAGGUGGCCGCCUGAGGCGGGGGCGCCAGCAGCCCCAGCCCAGAGGCAGGUGGGCGAGGCCGAGCUAUGUAUUUUUGACGGGGGCUGAAUGAAGACAAGACAAGCUUGCGGGGGAGUCAUUUAUUUGUCUUUUACAUGAAAACAAAAUCGAGGGAGGGAGACGGAGGGAGGCAGCCAGCAGCUUAGGUUUUUCUGACGUCGGAAUGGGCGGCUGCUUCGCGGCAGGCACUGGGCGCCCACGGCAACGUGGUGACAGCGACGGGACAGGAAGCGGCUUAUUGAAGCACCGUUUCUACUCACUCUUACCCCAAGGCUAAGCGGGCUCAAGGCUACACUGGAGAGCAACACUGGAAUACUGAAGGGCGCAGAGUCGACAUGCAGCAAGCAGCGUGGGCCGGGCCAACCGGGAGCUCGGGGUCAGUUCACGAAGAGCGAGCGGGUGAACUCCACGUAGUCGAAAGCGGUGGGGAGCUCGCGGCCCUUGCCGUCCACGUAGGGCUUCAUGUGGGACACGCAGUAGUCGGCUUGUUCCCGAGUCAGGUUCUGGGGGAAGACGGCGCCGUCAGCCCGCCGCGCCCGAGCAGGGAGGCCGGGCAGACCGUCCAGGCCGCUCGGGCCCAGCCUGUCGGUGGCUCGAGACUUGGCCCAGAGCGUUUCAUGGUAGCCAGGCCCAAAACCCCCGCUCGGGCAGGGCAGGGCUCCAAAGUGGGGCCUGAGCACCGCCAACCCGGGGCCCGCACCUGGUACAGCUCCUCCUUGGUCACGUAGGGCUUCCCCUCGGAGCUCAGGGCCCGGAAGGCGCUCUCGAUUUCCUCGCUGGACUUGACGUUCUCCGUCUCGCGGCUGAUCAUAAACGCCAUGUAUUCCUGCAGGGAGACGUGGCCAUCCCUGGGGAGAAGCGGGUGCCAUGAGGGGCAGGCGGGGCAGCUGGAGGCGGAGGUGCCCCCACGGCUGCCCCGACGCUCACCUGUUGGGGUCCACAGUGUCCAGGAUCGCCUCGAACUCCGGGUCGGGCUCCCCUUCUUCCACCAUGGGCAGGUCAUAGCCCAGGGAGCGCAGGCAGGACUUGAACUCCUGGUGGUUCAGGCGGCCGGACUUGUCCUUGUCAAAGUGUCUGCGGCACAAAGCCAAGGGCAGCUCAGCACCCAGGCCCGGGGCUGCUGCCUCCCCAGCUGGGGAGGGCGCGGGGAUACUUACUUGAACAUCAUGCUGAACUCUUUGAGGGCCUCCUCGGUCACCCCCGUUGUGUUCCUGCAAGGAAGGACGGAAUCAGGACUGCCUUCCGCCCCACGCAGCACGGGACACGUUCUGUUCCCCCCCAGGCCCCCAGCUGCUGGAGCCGGGUGGCCUGUGGCUCGGACCGCCCCCCGCGCUGCCGCCUGGGCCCACCUGGCCUGGAUCUGCUGCUCCAGGUUGUGCUGCAUGCGCAUGCCCAGCUGGUCGAGCUGGUCCCACUGCUGGGCCAGGCCCACGGUGCUGUGCUCCGUGUACUUGUUGUCCAGGAUAAGCGCCUCCUCCAUGGCGGCCCCCAGGUCCUCAAUCUUCUUGAGCUGACUUCUCAUGGCGCGAAUCUCCUGGUGCUUGCGCUGCAGGGAGGAGGCAGAAAGGCAUGGGGCGCGGCUCCACGGGCCUGCUUAACAGCCCUGUCGCCCUGGCUCCGCCAGCCUGGCCCGCGGCCUCGUAGGGCUGGGAGCGGGAAGGCCUCCGUGACCAGUCACCGCAGGUCAGCCCCUGCAGGACACCGUGGCGAGGACAAAAGGCCCCCCCCCGCCCCCCCAUCAGAGACAAAGGCUGAAACAACAGGGUCCUGAUUAAGCCAAUAAAAGGGAGACCCGGCCAGCCCCUCUGUUGCACCUCCAACCGAGCAGGCACUCACUUUGGUGGCUUCCAGCUGGGAUUCCAGGGUCCCGGACUCCUCCACCAUGCAGGACCUAGACACAGAUGUGCAGUGAGGAGCGCGGCCUGAGGGCGGCACGUCCCGAGCUCCAAAUGCCGCGCUACCGGGUAAACCAGUGCCUGGAGGCCUCACGUUCCUUAUAGAAGGAAGUAGGACCCACCAGCUCCCUUCUAAGUGGCCACGGGAGCCAGGGAGGGCAGGGACGCUGCGGCUCACGGUGGCACAGCCCCGCCUGCUCCCUGGCCUGGACCCUCUGUCGUGUGACGCCUCAGGCCCAGCGGGUGUGACACAGUGCCUGGCCAAGCCCGGGCGGGGGUGGGGGCCU